AUGAAUGCAACAAAGUGUCAAAAUUCUUGUUUUUCAAACGAUGAAACAAUCAAAAUUCAACAAAGUAAAUUUAUUUGGAAAAUACCUGAGUUCAGGACUAUUAAUCAUGAAUUAUUGUCACCAAGUUUUCAAAGAGUUGAACAAUUAUGGAGGUUAAAAAUAAACCCAAACUCUGAAGAGCAUCCUGGACAAGGAAACGUCCAAAUCAGAGUUACUUUACACUUAGAAAAGAAAAUACUCAAUGAUGAUAAUACAAAUGAAGAAGAUACAAGUGUUUGUUACUCAAUGGCUAUUUAUGACAGAGAAAAUCGAGAAGCUCAUUCAAUGAGUGGUGUAAGGAAAUUUGAAAAAAAUAAAAGAACUGGAUUUGGUUUCAACCUUCUUUCAAGAGCACACUUUUUAGCACAGUCAGCAUUGUUGCUUCCUCAAGAAUGUUUGACUCUUUGUUGUAUUGUAACAUCACCACCACCAAUUAAACUGAUUAUACAACAAAAUUCUGAUUUUUUACGUAAUCUUGCUGAUAUAUUUACUCAACAGCAAUAUGGUGACAUAAAAAUAAUUAUUGAUAAAAAAGAAAUUUUGGCAUACAAAGGGAUUUUAUCAAUACAUAGUCCUGUUUUUAACAGGAUGUUUUCAAAUACUGAAUUUAUUGAAAAUAAAAAAAACGUUGUUGAAAUAAGUGACACCACAUAUGGAGGUUUUAAAAAUUUUCUUUUGUACAUGUACUCCAAUAAAUUGCCAGAAGAUACUCAAGAACUAGACCAAAUUUUAUAUCUGAGUCACAAAUAUGAUGUACCAAACCUUCAAGCACUCUGUGAAGAAAAAUACAUGAAGGAAUUGAAUAUUAAUAAUGCAGCAGAAGCAAUUAUUGUUGCUGAUAAACUUGUAUUAAACAACUUGAAAUUUCGUAUAUUUGAUUAUUUAAAAGUUCCUGAAAAUUGGAGAAAAUUUAUUGAUGAGCCUGGCUUUGACAUAUUGAGUGGAAACUGUGUCUUGAUGAAAGAAUUGAUCAAGUAUUCAACGACAUAG